GUGGGCUGGAGAAGCUGCAUGCACUACACGAGGCUUAGAAUGCGACCAUCAACACAAGCACGAGGUUCAUAGUACACUCCCCAUACACACACUCUCAUACACACUCUCACACACACACUCUAAUACACUCUCUCUCUCUCUCUCACACACACACACACACACACACUCUAAUACACUCUCUCUCUCUCUCUCUCACACACACACACACACACACACUCUAAUACACUCACACACACACACACACUGAGAGUUUUCCUGCUCAUACUCUCCUCCAGCUGCUCACCACACACGCACGCGCGCACACACACACUCACACAAGAGAGUGAUCCUACACAGAUUCUGCACCAGCUGCUUGCCACACACACACACACACACACAUGCACACACACACACGCACAAACACACGCACAUCAUAAAGGUGCAGAAGGAACUCACCUGGACGAAAGUGUUGAAUGAAAGACGGCGAGCUGCAGCUUUUUCUUCUCCAGCAGUAGGUCUGAUCUCGUGCAGGAACACAGCUGGAGUUCUCCAACAGCAAUCUUACAGAAGAACCACAUCUGAGGAACAUCUUGUGAUCAGAUCUUAAGGAGCAGGAGCUGAAACCCUACUGGAACACUCCACAGGAUCAGUCACUUUUUAUACUUUGUACUUUUUAUUUUUUUAUUCUUAUAUUUUUCGAUGGAGAGCUUCAGGAUGAGAGCGUUCCUCCUCUUCCACCUUCUCUCCGUUCUCCUACACAAGGCAGAUUCGAAUGCCAUCAUUGGUUUGUCUAAACACAUGGAGCCCAUCCUCAAUGCCAACACGGUGUGUCUCACACUCCCGGGACUCACCAAGAGGCAGAUGGACAUGUGCAUGAGAAACCCAGACGUCACAGCCUCGGCCAUCCAGGGCAUCCAAAUCGCCAUCCACGAGUGUCAGCACCAGUUCAGGGGGCAUCGCUGGAACUGCUCGAGCCUCGAGACACGAAACAAGAUUCCUUACGAGAGCAUCGUGUUCAGCCGAGGUUUUAGGGAGAGUGCGUUUGCAUAUGCUAUCGCCGCAGCAGGAGUGUUACACUCCGUCUCUAAUGCCUGCUCCAUGGGGAAACUGAAGGCCUGCAGCUGUGAUGAGAAGAGGCGUGGAAACGAAGAGGUCUUCCGUCAGAAACUGAACCGGCUGCAGCUUGAGGCCAUCCACCGUGGCAAGGGCAUGGUCCACGGCGUGAUGGAGGAGCGAGGGGGUGUCCUGGAGGACCAUGGGGGAGCCAAUGGUGGCGGAGCUGUUGAGGAGUGGGAGUGGGGGGGAUGCAGCCCCAAUGUGGAGUUUGGGGAGAAGUUCUCUAAAGACUUCCUGGACUCCAGAGAGACCUACAGAGACAUCCACGCCCGGAUGAGACUGCACAACAACCGUGUAGGACGACAGGUGGUGCUGGAUCACAUGCGGCGGAAGUGCAAGUGUCACGGCACGUCGGGAAGCUGCCAGCUUAAGACAUGUUGGCAGGUGACCCCUGAUUUUCGGCUGGUGGGUUCGCUCCUGAAGGAGCGCUUCAACCUCGCUGCACUUAUCAAAACACACAACCGCAACACAGGCCAAGUGGAGCAUGUACCUCAGCACCAGCACCAUCAUCAUCAUCAUCAUCACAAUCAUCAAAACCACUUUCACCACCAUCCCCCGCAGCACCAGCGGCGACGCAACAACGCCAACGAGCUUGUCUACUUUGAGAAGUCUCCAGAUUUCUGCGAAAGGGACAUCGAGUCAGACUCGGCAGGGACUCAGGGACGCAUCUGCAACAAGACGAGCCAAGGCAUGGACAACUGCGAGAGUCUGUGCUGUGGGCGAGGACACAACAUCCUGCAGCAAACACGACGUGAACGCUGCAACUGCAAGUUCCACUGGUGCUGCUACGUGGUGUGUGAGGAGUGCAGGGUAAAUGAGUGGGUCAGCGUCUGUAAGUGACAACAGCUACAACUUGGAUAAACGAAUAAAUAUAUAAACAUCCAGCGACAGGGAGAGACACAAGGGCAGGACAAAGACGAUCGAGAGAUGAUCAGACAUUUAACCAAGGGACUGCUAGUAUUCUGUUCUCUGUAAUGGAACAGAAAGUAAAGAAACACUUGUUGGAGUAUAAACCUGGUGUACACUGUGUAACUCUGCCCCCUCGUGCCCACUUCUGCCCCCUCGUGACCACCUUUUCACACCACAAGUCCACUCACAGUAGUUCUGCACUGUUCUUUCAGAAACAAAAGUGUUUUUAAAUGAAAUAAGAUUAUUAAUAAAAUAAGGAUUGUGGAUGAACUUUAGAGAGCACUGAGUAACAUGGUUAACCUUUAAAUAUCUGAGCUCAGGGGAAGCGAACGUCAGGGGCUCUCUCAAAGAAGACAAAAAAGAUCCAGCAGAUUUAUCCACUGUUCACAAUGCCUUGGGUUUUCUUGUACAUCUUUAUUUGUCUUAACACUUUAGUUGGUGUUCCACACACUUGCUGGUGUUUACUGGAUUUUCCGGACUGUAAGACACAUUAAAGCGGUGCUAAGACAAACGUCGCCCUCUGGCACGGUAUCUUUAUUCACCAGAAUGUUUGUACCACCCGAUAAUUAGUGUUGCCAUAGUAAUUAACAGUGUUUACCAUGGAAAGCUUGAUGUUGUAUUGAUGAGGAUCUUCUCCACAUAUCUAACUGUGGUGUAGUUUACCCCACGCAGUGGAAGUUCUGGAGAAUCGUGUCUACCAUAAAACCCCCUUAAAGAGUUCUUUGAGACUCGAGGAAGCCCCAGUGAUACCAUUUUCUCACUAACUUCCUAUCCUAGCUAACAAUCAUAUGAAACCAGAGUUAAGCACACCUCAAUGUGGUGUUUGGAACCUGCCUAUAAAUAUUGGCACCCAGAUAAGAAGUCCAGUUUAAUCUUUCGGGACUCAGAUGCUGUAGGUUCUUAUUACUCUGUACUAUAAUGAUAUUAUGACACAGCUGUACUCAUCAAAUCAUCGAGCGCCUUCAGGUAGCUUCAUAGUUAUGGAAACAGGAGGCAUAAACAUAACAGGAGCACUUUCUCCAGGGCAGUUCAUCUUUCUCAUCUUUCCUCCUUGGAUGAAUCUCUAAUCCUCAACUCUUUAGCUGCACUGUUAAUCUCUUAAUUUAACCUGCAGCACGCCGAGCACCAGUGGGGAAACCCGUCCUAAUGCAGAGGGGAAUUCUGCUGGGGAAAACAAGCACACACACACACACACACACACACAUGCUCUUCAUGGUUCACUGGACAAAAGUAGAAGGAUUUGAGUUUGUCCUCUGUUCUGUCACGUGAACCGUGUCAUCCUCAGUGGAACUGUUUGCACAGUCACAGCAGCUUCAGCUCUCCGUACAUGACUGAAGUCACUUUCUGCCUCCACACAUUAUACACAUUUCUUUUGUAGUUUUGUUUUAUUAUUUAAAACUGUAUAAUGUUUUAAGUUGAAAUGUAUAAGUU